CUUGUCAAUGAUGACGUUCAAAUACUACAUUAAUUGAACUUGUUUAUUUAGUGUAGUGCGGUGUAGUGUGCUCUGUGGUGGGGGGAACUGAAUGGUCCAGCGAGCAGACGCAGAUGUCGGUAGGUCGGUACUGCCUGCGCCAACAGGAUGCGCGUUGAACCGCUGAUCAGUUAUGGAGUGAGAGAUUUUCUAUGGCGUAUUUCGACCAAGUUUUUCCGUGAAAAUUGUUCCAAAUGUGUGUGAAUUUAUGGCGGCGAGAGUGUUUCUGCUCAGCGUUUUGUUUACAGUAGGAUUAUCUACAUUCAGGAGCAGUGAAGGGCUGGAGGUGGGAGUGGGCUUCGCCUCGGAGCCAGAUGACGCGGUGGUGAGCCGUGGCCGCCCGCUGCUGCUGCACUGUCAGCCGAAUGACAGCCUUUACAACGCCUACUCCAACACCAAUGCAACUGUCCUCCAGUGGACUUUCAACAACGAUCUAGUCAUACCCGACGCCCGCCGAACCAUCCUCAACAAUGGAUCGCUCUACAUUAAAAAGGUUCUGUUCAAGAAGUCGUCACAAGGCGUAUCGGAUAUCGGAGUUUACAGGUGUCUCAUAAGAAACAACUAUGGUACUCUUCUCUCAAGACCCGCCCAUGUCCGUUUGGCAAGCAUCGGACAUGAGUUUGCAGAGUCGCCGGCCAACAUGAGCGUGGAGACGGGCGAAACGGUGCGCCUGCAAUGUCACAUAGAGUCCACUCCACUGCCUCUCAUCACCUGGCAGCGAAACGAACAACCUCUACCUCAAAACAAUAGAUAUAUAACUUUAAACUCAGGCAUCCUUAUAAUUAGGAGUGUUGAUCCAAGUGAUGAAGGAGAAUACAGGUGUGUAGCCACGAACGAAAUCCUGAACAAGGUGCGACGUCACAGCGCGGUGGGCCGCUUGAGGGUGCGACCGCGGUCGUCUGCGACUGCGACUGGAGUCGUGGAGUUCAUCUCGCCGGUGCAGUCGACCUCUGUGAAGCGGGUCGUGGAGGGAAGCACGGCCACACUGGACUGCGUCGUCUCCGGUCGCAACACAGAUGUCACCUGGACGUACAAACUGCCAAACCAAACAACCGAUUUCGUGAGUGAAAUGAAGCGCUCAGUUAAUGUGCUGACACUGCACAACGUGACAGAACACCACGCAGGCACCUACACCUGUACGGCCAUCCCGAAUGAUGCUGACAAUGAUGAUGACGAGUUGGCGGGCGAAGCGCCCCUGCUGACUCGACUGGUCACACUGGAAGUGCUGUCACCGCCGCUCGUCGUAAAGAAGCCAAAGUCUGACGUCUACCCCACUGCCAAAACGGUCAGGAUCGAAUGCGAAGCCAAAGGAAACCCACUGCCCGACAUUGUAUGGCUCAAGAACGGACAAACACUCAGGAUAAAUGGUAGAGUAAGCGCACGCAACCAGUCAUUAGUGCUUAGCAACUCUGUGCCGGAUGACUCAGGCGUCUACCAGUGCGUGCUUAGCAACGGCGUGGGGGCGGGUGCUUGGGCUGCUGCUAGGGUGCUGGUGAAUGUGAGCACCAGCGACCAGCCUGCCGCCCCCACUAGCCUCCAAUGCACUGCCACCUCCGCCACACAGGUGACGGUCACCUGGCAGCAGCCGACCAGUGCCAAGGAAGUGCAGGCUUAUACUGUGCACUAUCUACCCACUGAUGGUGGAGAAGAAAUGAGAACGGUGUCCCUGAAUAGAUCAUUCACUGUCAACAACCUACUGCCUUUUACAAACUACACUUUUUACAUCAGAGCUUAUGGCAAAAAAUCAGCCAGCGAUCAAUCGCUGCCCGUCACUUGUUUAACUGGAGAAGAAGUUCCUGUGGGCGCCCCAGAAGUGCAGGUGGAGUCUGAGAACCCGACGUCGCUGAGUGUGUCGUGGACGCCGCUCAGUGACAAGCUGGCCCGCGGGCAGAUAUCAGAGUACAAAAUACAGUGGCGUCGCAAUGACCAUCACUCCACCAACAAUGUCGACACCGUUAAGGAGCAUGUCACUCACUACUUGAUAACAGGUUUGCAGCCGGAUACGGGCUACGAGGUGCGAGUGUUGGCGGCCACUGCGCAGGGUUGGCCCAAUAUGGCUGACGAGGCGUUGCCAUGGCAACAGGUGCACACGCUGCCAGUAGAGCCCGACAUGCACCUCCUACCUAUGCCUGAGUUGCAGCUUACUGUCACCAAUUCCACCACAAUACUGGUGAAAUGGAGUUUGGAGCCUGUACAGCAGAAAGUCGAUGGAUUCCAUCUGUCCUAUCGUAAGCAGAAUGGAGAACUGUUGGGACCUGAACUGAUAGAUGCCAGGAAAACUGAACAUGUGCUAGCAGAUCUUGAACCGGAAACAUGGUACGAAGUGGUGAUGAGUGGCAUAUCACAGGGAGUCGAAGGCGAGUCAGCCGUUCGCUCCAUUCAGACCUGGGCCUGGCAGGCGGGCGAAGCGGUGCUGAUGCCACUUCCGGCCCCCACCCACCUGUUUGCCGAGCCCGUGUCACCCACCGCCAUCAACCUGACGUGGGUGGGGUCAGUCCCACCCGCCAACGUGUCCCACUACACAAUCAGCUACCACCUGGUGCAGACCGCUCUACCUCUUCACAACUCUUCUAUCUAUUUUUUAAACAGUACAAGCACCGGAGUUCAAAUAACUGGUCUGAAGGCAUACACUCUGUACGAGUUGAAAGUGAGGACGCACGACGAGAAUAACAGGCACAGCGAAUACAGUCAGAAGCUCGAGUGUCGAACACUCGAAGAUUUGCCGGGUCCCGUUCAUGACGUGCAGUGGAAGCUGAUGAACUCGAGUACAGUGCGCAUCUCGUGGAAAGAGCCUUUGAAAGUGAAUGGAGUCAUUGUCAACUACACCCUCGCCUACUCUCAACACCCCGCCCAACCUAUCGCCGACUGGACUAAAACUAUUGUACCUGCAUCUAAGCUAAGCACAAACUUGACAUCAUUGAAGAAUAACCGUUACACUUUGAAAAUAUGGGCGAGUAGUGGGGCAGGACCGGGGCCUCCUUCUCCAAAUUUGGAAAUCACAAUUCCCUCGAAAAUCGGCCGCAAACUGCCUCCUAUCUCCGACCAAUCAACUGAGACUACACCUGAUCGAAAACCUGAUCAAAUCCUAGGCAUUGUGAUCGGCUGUGUGAUUGGCGCCAUCUGCAUAAUAAUGUGCACCAUAGUGCUGGUGUACCGACACAAGUGCACCAAGCCGGGGCCUAUCUGCCGCACCGGGCAGGCGGCCGCCAACGGCUCCACCGGCUUCUAUCUGCCGCCCUCCACCGCCUUCGACGAAAUGCACGAAAUGGAGUGCUUCACCGGACCUCUUGACACCAAGGGUGGCUUCCCACAAGAUCAAGUGAAUGGAUUAAAGCUGACUCUACUCACCAAUGGACGAAUUCCCAAUGGACAUGCAACAAGAGAACGUGAUCAUGGUGUCAGAAUAACAGAAAAUCCUCAGUUCAACUCGCCGAUUGGCAACCUAUCGCCGGGCUCGUGCGAGGGCAUGCGCGUGGCCAGCGACGAGGGCGACAGUCUGCUCAGUGGAGGCCUUCAAGAGGCGGAGGUCGACGCCCUCGAGGAGGACGAUGAUGGCGAGAGCACCAGCCUCAACGACACGCAACUGACAGUACUGGACUGUUGCCAACAGCAUGGAAACGACAGGCAUCUGACAGCCUGUUGCCAACAGCACGGAAACGACAGGCACCUGACAGCAGCGCUGGACUGUUGCCAACAGAACGAGGCGACUGUCAAGUGCUGCAAGGCAGAACGGAUGAUAGCCGACGACGAUGACGGCUUCCAUGAGAACGAGGGCCACCGUCACCAUCACCUCAUCAUGUUGGGGCCCAACGGAUGAGUGCGGCACAAGCGGCUGGCACCCCGUCGCAAGCUCCUGCCGUUCUAGUACACACACAACUCACUCUCAGUCACAGACACACACAAUCGGCACAACAGGUAUGCGCAUCAGAUACAGUUGCAACAGCAUCAGGGUCAGCAGGAAUUACAAUCGUAUCAGCAACAGUUGCUUCAGGAAUCACUACAAUUCCAUCAGGGACAUAGGUUGCAUCAGCAACAGUUGCUUCAAGAAUAGCAGCAACUACAUAGGAAUAACAGGAAUUACAUUUGCAUC